UGGGAAGCAAACACCUUUAGAGAGAGAGAGAGAGAGAAAGAGAGAGUCAAGGUUAUUAGAUCAUUUUCAUGAACUAAUUGGAUACUUAAUUACAUCCAAAGAAGAAGAAGAAGAAGAAGAAGAUAAUAUGAAUGAAUGAGAAAGUAUGAUGAGCCAGAAACAAGCACCGGCGGCCACUGCGACAGCCUUCUCCUCCGGCGGUGGUGGUGGUUGUUCGAAAGAGAGACUACCCACCAAAAUCUACUGCAUUUUGGGUACCGCUCUUUUCGCUCUCAUCUUUGCACUCUCCUUCUUCACCUCUUCUCCGCCUCGAUUGCGUUCUCCUGAUCCAUACCUCUUCCCCAACAAACACAACCGCCUCAUCAUCCGCCGCAAUCCCAACGGAGAUGAUCAAUCUCCGCCUCCUCCCCCCUCAAUCGCCUACCUUAUUUCUGGUUCCAAAGGGGAUUCCGAUCGGAUCCUCCGCCUAUUGCUCUCAGUUUACCAUCCUAGAAAUCAUUAUCUUCUUCACCUCGACCUCUCCGCUCCACAAUUCGAAAGACAGAGUCUGGCUCUAGCUAUUCGCUCCAUUUCCAUUUUCAAUGCCGCAGAGAAUGUUCAUGUCAUUGGAAAAGCCGAUUUUGUCUAUCAAAAGGGAUCCACUCCUCUUUCCUCUCUUCUUCACGGCGCUUCCAUUCUACUUCGGAUUUCUCAGACCUGGGAUUGGUUCAUAAAUCUAUCCGCUUCCGAUUACCCGCUGGUGACACAAGACGAUCUUCUUCACAUCUUCUCCUAUCUGCCAAAGGAGCUUAAUUUCGUAAACCAUACAAACUACCUUGGCUGGAGAGAGUUGAAAAAGUUGAAACCCAUAAUUGUGGAUCCUGGUCUUUAUCUUUCAGAGAAAAACGAGAUGUUCUAUGCAACCCAGAAGCGUGAUUUGCCUCAGGCUUACCGCAUAUUCACCGGUUCUUCCUCUUCAAUUCUGAGCCGGAAUUUUGUAGAGUAUUCGAUCCUAGGAACAGAGAAUUUACCUAGGAUCCUGCUCAUGUACUUGUCAAACACACCUUCUUCGGAUUCGUUCUAUUUCCCAACCAUCCUUUGCAACUCUAGGAACUUCAACAGGACAAUUAUUAACCCUGGUUUGAUCCACGCUUCUUUUGAUCCCAAACUGGGCAGCCUCCCACUUACAGCAUCGGACUUGGAUGAGUUAGUGGAGAGUGGAGCUGCCUUUGGGUCGCAUUUCAAACCAGACGACCCUGUUCUGGAUAGCAUAGACAAGGAACUUUUGAAUAGAAAUCCUGGAAUGCAGCCCGUGCCCGGUGGAUGGUGUUUAGGCGAAUCUGGGAAUGAUACUACUUGUCACGUAUGGGGGGAUGCAGAUAUGUUGAGACCUGGUUCGGGAGCAACAAGGCUGGAGAGGCGCAUACUUGGAUUACUGUCCAAUGGAAAUUAUCGAUCUAGUCAAUGUGUUGUGAAAGAAUGAACCCAUUCUUUUUCUUUUUUUUUGUUCUUCUCAUGUAUCAUAGAAUGAAUGAAUUCAUUAGGCUCAUUUUUCUGUUCAAUUUGACAUGUUGUAUGUUGAACUGUAAGUUGCCUGAUUCCUAUUUUUUUUUUAUUAAUGUAAGAGGGCGCGGAAGCAUGAACACUAUCUAACAGGACUUUGUGAG